GGAUCUUCCUUCCUUUGCAUUUCAGCGAUCACAGCCUGCCAGCUCCUCUUACCUCUUGGUGUGAGAAACCAUGGCUCAAGUCAUUAAGAAUUUUAGCACUUCUUCAGCCGGUAUCCCACUAGGCCGAACCAACUUCAGCUCCAUCUCUGUGUCCCGGGGAGGCAGUGGAGGUUUGAGACAGAUCGGCGGGGGUUUCGGCAGUAGGAGUCUCCACAGUCUAGGUGGAAGCAAAAGAAUUUCUAUUAGCGGAGGCUAUCAUUCAGCUAGAUCUGCGUAUGGCUACGGUUUAGGUGGGGUAGGGUAUAGGAUUGGUGGAGCGGGCUAUGGCUUCGGCGGAGGAUUCGUACCUGGAUCUGGUGGCAUUCAGGAGGUCACCGUCAACCAAAACCUCUUGACUCCUCUUAACCUGGAGAUCGACCCUAACAUCCAAAGAGUGAGAAAGGAGGAGAAGGAGCAGAUCAAGACCCUCAACAACAAAUUUGCCUCCUUUAUUGACAAGGUCCGGUUCCUGGAGCAACAGAACAAGGUUCUGGAGACCAAAUGGAGCCUCCUGCAGGAACACAAAACGGCUAGAAGUAACAUCGAGCCCAUGUUCGAGGCUUACAUCAGCAAUCUGAGACGGCAGGUGGAGGUGCUGGGUGGGGAGAGAAUUCGGCUAGAUUCGGAGCUGAAGGGCAUGCAGGAUGUCGUUGAAGACUUCAGGAUCAGGUAUGAAGAUGAGAUCCACAAGCGCACAGCUGCAGAGAAUGAGUUUGUGGUGCUGAAGAAGGAUGUGGAUGUUGCCUACCUGAACAAAGUAGAGCUAGGAGCCAAAGUGGAUGGUCUGACUGAUGAGAUCAACUUCUUGAGAGCUCUCUAUGAAGCAGAAUUAGCUCAAAUGCAGUCACAAAUCUCUGAAACCUCCGUUGUCCUGUCCAUGGACAACAACCGUAACCUGGACCUGGACAGCAUCAUUGCAGAGGUCAAAGCACAGUACGAAGACAUUGCCAACAGGAGCCGGGCAGAGGCAGAGUCCUGGUACCAGAGCAAGUAUGAGGAGCUACAACUCACGGCCGGCAGGCACGGGGACGACCUGCGCAACACCAAGGUUGAGAUCACCGAGAUGAACCGUAUGAUCCACAGGCUUCACUCUGAGAUCGACAGUGUUAAGAAACAGUGUGCCAGUCUGCAGACAGCCAUUGCCGAUGCUGAGCAGUGCGGGGAGCUGGCCCUCAAAGAUGCCCGGGUCAAACUGGCUGAGCUGGAGGAUGCCCUGCAGAAGGCCAAGCAGGACAUGGCCCGUCAGCUGCGGGAGUACCAGGAGCUCAUGAACGUCAAGCUGGCGCUGGACAUCGAGAUCGCCACCUACCGGAAGCUGCUGGAGGGCGAGGAGAGCAGGCUGGCUGGAGAGGGCGUUGGUGCAGUGAACAUCUCCGUGGUCUCUUCAUCCGUCGGAGGCAGCUACAGCUCUGGGACGGCCCUCGGCCUGGGGACAGGGGCCAGCCUUGGCAGCGGGCUUAGUGUCGGGGAAAGUGGCUUCGGCGCCAGCAGUGGGAGAAGCCUGGUCGGAGGAUAUAGCUCUGGAGUGGGGAGCAGCUCCAGCAUGAAAAUUGUAUCCAAAACCAUGUCCAAAAGGAGCUUCCGGAGCUGAAGUCCCAAUGAAAGCCAAAUUCAUCCUUGCCCAAAUGGAAGAAAUAUGACGCUGCCUCCUAGUGGCGUCACAACCCACCACAUCUCUAAGGCAGAAGCUUGGGGGGGUAUUAUGAAAUGUCUCAAAAGAGCUAGAUUUGUUUUAUUGCUAUUAGAAGAAGACACUUCUCACACCCACUGGUAUUUAUUGGCGUGUGGGAGAUGCCUUUUUCUAUUCCAUUUAAAGCGCCGUGCAAAGGGUAAAACCCCACCCAGGAAAUCAAGUGCUGAAAGCCCAUUUUGUGUGAAUAAUAAUCGGCCAUUCCACCUAAUGAGUUCAGUGGUUCCAGGACUUGGGUCAUAGGAACCAGCAAUAUUCAAGGAGUUUUCCUGGGAAUACAGUCUGCUCUGACUUACUCCAGUACAAGUGCAGAGUAACUUCAGGUGCAGGUUUACACCAGGGUAACACAGUGGGAUUUUGCCCUUUCCAUGCUAUUUUGUAUUUUCCCCCCGCUCUAAAUAACCAUCGAUCCUGUUUCCAUCCUUGCAUUUCACAUAUAUUAGUCAAGCAACCAGCUAACCCUCCCCUCCUAGUGGGUGGGAGAUGGAGUGCUACACUGGGCUUGGAGAGUGGGUGCGUUACAUCCACUUAAGAGGCAGCUUAUAUAUUUCUUAGCUUGCUUUCCUCUUCUUUCAUAUUCCCACUCUUUCUGGUUCCUCUUUGCUUUUACCACGUAGACUCCAUUUCCCAAUGGAAAACUGGUGUGUCCACUACAGAUUGCUUUACCACCAGAAUGCCUUGCUCAUUAAGUACCUAUAAUUCAUAUCUACACCCAGUGGAGCAUAACGGCCAACCAACCUUAUGGCUAUGUCAUGCAAAUCUCAUCUUUAAGCCACUCUAUUAUUCACUGUUAGUUCUCAGAGCAUGAAAAAAAAAUAGAGAUGACACAAGAAUGAUGUUUUCUACAUGCCCAGUAAAAAACAGGCAGAAACCAGAUGGAUGUUAUGUUCUAGAGACAGUUAAGAUCUGUACCAUCUGUAAAUGAUCUUAAAGCCUUGUGUUUCUAUGUGAAGAAAGAAAAGGGGAGUCAGUGUUUUUAUGUAUCAGGAUGCUCAUGAUCUCAAUUCCCUGUUCUUUUAUGCUUGUGCCAAAGUACCUUGAUUUCAUGGAGACUUUUUAAUAAACUGCUAUCUGUGUGCAAUGCCA